CAACCGUCUUCCACCAACAUGGAAACAUUUAAGGGGUUUUUGUUUACGGCUUUCGUCAUAGCAUUGGCCCACACAGAGGACUAUUGUGAUAAAAAACUUUGUCCAGUGGGAACUCAUAUUGGAUGUCGUCAUGAUGGUAAAUUCAGUCCAUCUUGCCCUAAAGACGUGUCACUAGUUAAAAUCGAUAAAUCGCUUAAAGACUACAUAGUUAAUGGAUUUAAUGAAAAAAGAAAUUUCAUAGCUGGAGGUGGAAAUCAUAUACAUAAGUCUGCAUGCCGCAUGGCCACUAUGCAGUGGGAUUAUGAAUUGGCCAAAUUAGCUGAAUUGAAUGUCCGACAAUGUGAAAUGAAGCAGGAAGCGUGUCACAAUACUAUGGCCUAUCCAAUGUCUGGGCAAAAUUUAGCUUGGAAAACCUAUAGCAAUGAACCCGAUUACCCAGCCUUAGUCGAAAGUGUUGUUCAAAUGUGGUAUGAUGAAGUCAAUCACAGUAAAAUGGAGUACAUAGAAAAAUAUCCUGAUCAUGAUACUGGAGCAGUUAUUGCUCACUUCACAGCCAUGGUGGCGGAUCGCAACUUUCGCCUAGGGUGUGCCGCAUCGACGUAUUCCAUGGCUGGCGAAACCUACAUGGCUUUUCUUAUGGCCUGCAAUUUUGCAUUUACGAACAAAAUUGGUGAACCGAUUUACACCGAUUGCACUACUCCGGCUGAGAAAUGUACAACUGGAAAGAAUCCAAAAUAUCCUAAUUUGUGCUCAAUCUCUGAAGAAUAUGAUGUCAGUUAACUCUUACCAUUAGGUAAACUUUUCCAUUGUUAAACAUAGAAGCAAGUUAAACUACAGAAGGUUUGGCUGGGUCAAACUACAAUACAUUCAUAGGUUAUUAAAUUUAGGAUUAAUUGAAAACCCUCUAAUUUUUUAUAUACAAAUACAAGUGCUUUUUAAAAGCAAUACA